AUGAAUCUUUCCAACGAAACCAAUGCUGCUGCUGAUGAAAUUGAAGUUGAAGAUGUUCAGGCAGCACAGCCUAAACAAGCAUCAUUGGAACAGCUAAUGAUCCAUAUGCUAGAAAAAUGGGAUAACCAAGCUAAGGCUUUCCAAAGUUGGCAGGAAACUUAUGGUCGAGCAACGGCUUCACCACGCCGAGGAAACAACAGCCCAGGAGAGGCUAAGCUUAUCCCACAACCUGUUGAGAUACCAGCAGGAACAUCAAACUGGUUUCGAGGCCAUACUGGUGUGGUGGCCUGGGAUUUCUCGAUCCCAAUGUCAAAUCUAUCCCAAUGA